UAAUACCGGGGUUUUAAUACGAUAUUUGUAGGAGGUGGUGGUUUACUAUUUUUCCAAGGAUCUCAAGUUUUCCGGAGUCUUCAGAUUUGUUGUAAAUAUUAUUAUCCAGUCGAGUCUGGGCGAGAUUCUUGAUAUCAUGGUUCCUAGCAGUACUGAACCUAAACCCUGGACAACAACCCUGAGAAGGUUCCUGGCUCCCUCCACCCUCCUCCUAGGCCUAGUCAACGGAUGCGACUCAGUGCCUCCAAGGUACAAGGAUUCUUUAUGGUACAUAUCAGCUACACCCACCUGUCUCCUGGUUGCCUGCUGGUUCAGUCAAAUCUGUAUCCAGGGUUGUAGAUCUAUAGACAGGAGCGCCAACCUGGAGAUGGAGAAGAUACAGAACCAGGGUUUACAUCUCUACUUGGAGAUGCAGUGGACCCGGUUAAAGGUUCCAACUCUUCUCAAGAGUUAUGGUGUUCUCCGGAUAAUGUUAGUUGUCUACCAAUCCUGGGAUUCUCUCACCAUCUCCUUGGUUGGGUUGAACUCCGACCUGGAGCUGGUCUUAGUCCGGGGUUGUGAAACCUAUAUUGCGCUGCUCAGCUUCACAAGUCUUAUCUCGGUUCUUUCAAAUUUUAUCGGUAGCAUUUUUAAGUUGUUCCUUGACACAGAUGAUGUAGAUGAUCAAUCUAUUGGAAGUAUAUCCUCCAUUCUUUUCUUUAUCCUCGCUUUACAAACCGGUUUAGUAGAUCUAGAACCAGACAUGAGAUUCAUUCAGAUAGGGAAGAAUUGUUGUCUCCUGUUGACAGCAAUCCUUCAUUAUAUUCAUUCUAUGGUUCAUCCUUACAUCAGUAAUUUGGCUACUAGAACCGGGACUGCUGUAAGCCUAAACAAGAAAAAGCAUUUGCGGGCCUUAAGUGUAUGUCUGUUCCUAAUUUUGUUCCCGCUUGGAUUAACCCUUAUCCUCUGGUCCAAGUUUCAACUAGGAACUUGGCUUAUGGCAGUUACUGCAUUCUGUGCUGAGGUUGUUGUAAAGAUACUGGUCACACUGACCAUCUACUCGGUCACAAUACAAUUAAGUCUUCUUUGUUUUCAGGAUGUUCUCUGGGAAUCAUUCGAUGAUACAAUCUUCUACAUCAAAGCAUUUGGAGGAACAGCUCAGUUCUUCUUCGCUAUAUUUGUUUUCUUGAACGGAGGCUGGGUUCUGCUGUUCGAGGCCGGAGGCUGUUUUAGAGCUGUUAUGAUGGUUAUUCAUGCUUACUACAAUAUUUGGCUGGAAGCUAAGUCGGGAUGGUCGACAUUCUGGAAGCGUCGCACAGCUUUAGAGAAGAUCGCAGAUAUGCAAGAUGCGACAAAAGAACAAAUUGAGAAACUAGCAGACGUCUGCGCAAUUUGCUAUCAGGAGAUGGCAGAAGCCAAGUUAACCCGGUGUUCACAUAUGUUUCAUUACAGUUGUCUAACCAAGUGGUUGCAUGUUCAGGAUAGCUGCCCUAUGUGUCAUGAAACUCUGCGUAAAGUUGACGCUACAUCACAGACAGAGGAGCCACUACCCACCCCAGUGAUUCCAGCAGAACUACUCGAGGACAGUGAAGACCAUAAUGAUGAAUCUACUGAUGAUUCUGAACUGGAAGAUUCUGAAGAUGAUGAUCUUGAUGAUAUUCAACCUUUUCGACCUGAACUUGGCAUUUAUCUUCCUGGACCCUGAAAAGAAGAUGAAAAACUUGCAAGAAACCGUUUCAACUUUGAUUUGAUUCUUCUUCACAAACUUUUAGAAUUUGAUGGGACUGUUGACGUAGUUUUAAAUGACCUGUCCCAUUGAGAACUGUACCUUUUGAACUCCGGAUUAAAUAUAAACAGUUUUAUUUCCGAAAAUUUAUUUUAUUUCACUUUUUGGUAUAGAUUAACGACGAUAACUUCCUCAUUGUCAUUUAGAGGUUAAAUAGUACUGGAUUGAAUCAGACAAGUCUAUCCGUCACUUGAAACUUUGUCUUUAGUUCCUUUAACUAGGAAUGGUUAGAACUCUAAAUGCGAUACAAACACAAAUUAUAGUAAUAAAUUUAAUUUUGUUGUAGAUAUGAAAUAAAUAUAUAUAUUUACAGACGUCGUAAGAGUUUAUAUUUACAG